AUAUUUAUAAUUGGGGUGGAUAAAUACCCUGUGCAAAGCCCCCCGAGCUGCAGGAGCAGGAGAGAUCCGCUGUGAGUCCGAGCUGAUAAAGAAUUCCGGCUCUCUGGCACCUCCAGCUGUGCCAGGGAGUUCACUCCGGCCCAUUUCGUGUCCACUCUGGUUCCUGUGGCCUCUCCCCUCCAUGGCCCUCCUGGCUCUCACCCUGGCUCUGCUGCCAAUGACCGUGGCCACCACGGCCUAUGAGGUGAAGCCCCUGGACAUGGCCCUGGACUCCUUCGAUGACCAGUACCAGAACUGCAGCCACGCCAUGAAGGCGGCACUGCCGGCCCUGAACCGCUUCGAGUUCCAGAACAAUUCCCUUUUCACCGAGGUCUGGUCACAGGCUGUGUCCAUGUGGCGAUUUCGGGGGUCCCCUGUGUCCCCUCUGUCAUCCUCAGACCAGGCCACCGCCCUCAUGGUCUACACCAUGAUUUUCCUGUCUGAGCAAUUCAACAAUGAAGUGAGCGUGGCCGGGCGCUCCCCCCAGGAAUACCGCGACAACUUCCACUUCAAAACGCUGCAUUUCCUGCUGACCGACGCCCUGGCCACACUGUGGGAGGAGGAAUGUCACUGUGUGUUCUGGGGGGUUGACAAGUACAAGUUCGAGGCAAAUGUUGGUGACAUUGUCCGGUUUGGCCAAUUUGCGUCAUCAACACUCUGCGAAGAUACCAUCCACGAUUUGAGGACCACCACGGUGUUCAAGGUGAUCACGUGCCACGGAGUGGAUAUCAGGGAAUUCUCCAGAUAUCCCUCUGUGGAGGAGGUGCUGAUCCCGCCCUUUGAGAUGUUCAACGUCACCAAAGUCAUGGAGAAAGGGACGAGUGUGGAGAUCCACCUCGACUCCAUCGGGACCUACAGCAAAUACAACUGCGAGUGGCUGACAGGUGGGAGCGUCCCCUCAACUCCCGCCACCUCAGAACUCCUCCUGGCCACCACAGCCCUCGCAGUGGCCACAGGGCCACGAAGCCACCAAGGUCAUCAAGAUCUCUGUAGUGGCAACCACUAUCACCAAAACCACCAAGACAGCCAGAGAAACGAGGCCACCAAGACUACCAAGACCACCAUUGCCACUAUGGCCGCCUUGGCCACCAUGGCCUCCAUGUGGUCACUGCGGCCACCACUGGCACUGUGA